AUGGAUAUAUCCUUAGAUGAACAAUUUGACAUUAAGAAUUUAGAUUGGACUUAUAGUAAAUGCAAAAAAUUUUUACGGUUCAUCCAAGAUAAUCAGAACGUAACUCUAUUUGAAAAGGAACCGGGCGACGAAGAACAUUUGUUUUUACCGAUGUAUCUUGGCAAUAACCGCAAAAUUUACAAAUGGGAUUCAAAGAAUCUUCACGACAUAUUUGUAGCAAUUUUUCGAUUUUUGCAAAGUUACUAUCCUGAUUUAGGUAGGUUGAACCUGAAAACCAUUCACGAUGAAAAAAUUAGGGAAUGGAACGUUAAAUUACCAGAGUAUUUAAAAAACAAACAAGCAAAACAAGAGGCAAAAUUGCAAGAUAAAUUAAUCAAGGAAAUUAAUGAUAAAUGGCUACCGGGAUUCGAGUAUUUAUACGAUUUUGAAUAUAGAAUUGGAGGGCACAAAGGAGAUUUGAUUUUUGCAGAUAAUAAUGGAUUUCUCGUAGCGGUUGAAACAAAAAGAAGUGGAUAUACUCCGAAGCAAAUCGUGAAAAAUAGUAAGAAAGCCAAAGAACAAGCUAUUAAAUAUCGAAAUUUACUUAUGGAAAAAACCAAAAAUGAUUUGAGUGUCAUUACGGUUCUAGGUGUCUGUUUUAUCGAUACAAAAUCCGUAAAAGACUUGGAAAAGAGAAUUAAAGAAUUGGAGCAAAGUAACGAAGGGUUACGUUCACAAUUGAAAUAUUUUGAAGAAAAGGUUAGAGAGCGAGAAGGAUAUAUUAAUAAUUUAGAAGAAAAGGUUAAGGAACGAGAAGAAGAAAAAGAGAAUCCGCAAUCUUGA